CUCUCGCAUGCGCAGUAGCGUGAGUUUUGUUUGAAGUGCUGGAACUGCCCUACAAGCUGCAAAGUCGCCAGUCAUUUAAUUUAAGCUGCACAUUUGAUCCGGUUCUUCUCUGGGAUUUGAUUCAUGUAGAACAAUGUUAGGUCAUCAUUACCAGAACGUCGAUAAGACGCAGCAACUAGUCAGCUACGUGGAGGAUUACCUGGAAUGUGUGGAGUCGCUGCCUCUGGACAUACAAAGAAACGUUUCUGUGCUCCGAGAAAUUGAUGCUAAGUAUCAAGAGGUGCUGAAAGAGGUGGACGAAGUGUUUGAGAAGUAUAAAGAUGAACAAGAUGCAGCUCAAAGAAAGCGGCUGGAGAUCCAGCUGCAGAGAGCCCUCAUCAUCAGCCAGGAGUUGGGCGAUGAGAAGAUCCACGUGGUGACCCAAAUGACAGAACUGGUGGAAAACCGUUCCCGUCAAAUGGACUCCCACUCUCUCUGCCUCCAGGAGCCCAGUGAAGCUGAGCGACUCAACAUGGAGCGGCGCUCCAGCAUCCAGGAGUCCCCAGCUACUGAGCGCACCUCUACUCGUCGCCCUCGCCGCCAGCGAAACAGUGAGAGUCGCGACUCCACCCAUCCAUCUGCCAAUGGGUCACUGGUGGAUGACCCUGUGGAUGAUCUGUCUCUGCCUCCAUCUCGAGAAAAGAAGUCAAAGUCUUCGAAGAAGAAGAAGCGCAAGGCUAAACAGGAGCGAGACACCUCUCCUGUUGACUUUCCCAUUGACCCCAACGAGCCCACCUACUGUCUGUGUGAGCAGGUGUCCUAUGGGGAGAUGAUUGGCUGUGACAAUGACCAGUGCCCCAUCGAGUGGUUCCACUUCUCCUGUGUGGGACUCACCUACAAACCCAAGGGAAAGUGGUACUGUCCCAAAUGUAGAGGAGACAAUGAAAAGACGAUGGACAAAAGUUUGGACAAGAACAAAAAAGACCGCCGGUCCAGGUAGUGACUUUAAAAACUUUAUUCAGCUUGAAGGUUGGGACCGUCAGGUGCUGUAAAGAAAAGUUCUCCUGUCGAUCUAAAAGUGAAUGUUGCGUUACGGACCUUAACCACGAUCCAGGACCAAGGCAUUGGUGUUUCUGUGGUCCAGGAGGAGCCGCUGGCCACCUGAUGCUCUUGGGGACUUCUUCUUACUAAUGCUCCAAACAUUUUGUUUUGUCUUAACUUGCAGGAGUCUCAAUAACUUGAAUGAGCGUUUGAAGGUUUGUACUCGUCACGAGGAGUAACGGACUCCUAUUUAAUUUAGAAGAUGAGGUGUGAUCAUUUAGUUUUCACUGUAGCAACACUUUUUAUAUUCAUUAAAUCAGUCAGUUCCCUUUG